AUGCAGGAGUUAAAGGAAGCGACGGGCAUAGACCAACCAGUCGUCCCAACCUUCCUUACCACACGUCAGGAAGACAUCACAUACUUGUUGUUUGGCAUCUUUGGCGUCCGCCUGCCUGUAGAUUAUGAUGAGAAGCAGGACAAGGCUCUCGGGCGGCUCCUGCAGGAGAUCGUGGCUUGGUCCAGUGACAUCACCAGCCUCGAUUGGAUCGGAAAAGCAUCAGAGUUCAAUAGCUGUCUACCGGCCUCUAUCACUUCAUACAGAACUCCACCGUGCAAGCUACCACCUCUACCCGAAGAUGAAAUUCAGUCAUCAAUUUCUUCUCUGCAAAAGACGAAGGCUGUCGAUUUUGCUUUGAACCUUUAUACCCUACUUCGGGACACGAGCGCUCCUCGUUUCGCAGCACAGAGACUGCAUCUGCCUUGCAUUGCAUUCAAUGUCAGGAAAGUCAGACGGGUGCUCAGCCCAGUCCCAGACACUCAUUUCACGUAUAGAGUGAAGGCAGAUGGACUUCGGGACUUGUUUAUCACCACUGCAGAGACUCUGAUUCAGUUCUGGCCGGCAAGGCCCACUGAGCAAAAGUUUGUUCUUGUCCGUCCCUGGGAUCGGUCUCUCCUGGAGCUACCUGACUUUGUGGAACCGCCUGAAUUCGUAGAACCGUCUAACUAUGAAAACAAUACGGAGAACGGGGAGGAUUAUUGCAUGUCGCCUUCUCCGUCAGAUGACUCAUCUAGCGGUUUUCCUGUAAGACAGGACGUGUUUGACCUAGAAUCACGAGCAUUGCGGUUGCUCGUUCGCCUUCGGCAGCCUUUCAGUGCAUUUUUGUUAGCGCAGCAGCGCAGUGUAGAAUACAAGAAGAUCGCGACGGAUCAUGAUAUCAUUGGACAGGUCAACGACGUAGUUUCUGUCAGAGACUUGAUGGACUUCAAAGAGCAAUGCAGUGCACUUGCUGCGCACGAUGAGAGUAUCCUUGGCGCGGAGAUACCCGAGCAGGGGCAAGAUGGGUAUGAUAUAGAACCCAAUUUCUUCCACGGAAUGCAUCAACGCCCUGGGCACCUCAAAAGACUUGAACUUGCUAUAGCGAGGAAGCGUCAGUCAGCUCCUGCACCUAUACCACCCACCACCUCACCACCAGUCGCCCUCACCACUACCUUCAAAACUCACCUACAACACCUAUUCACCCAGCUGCCCCAUCAUGCAACUCCACCUGUUAUCGAUGUUCCAUUCGCGCAGGGUAAAGAGUAUUUUCUCGAAAAGUACUAA